AUGAAUAGUCUUCUAGUAUUAGUAUUAGUGGCUUGUGUAUAUUCCGACAGUAACGUAACUGCUUUCACAGAUGGUCAAUUCAAAAGCGGAUGGUAUGAGAAAGGGUCCACGUGUUUCACUUCGACGACGGGGAAGUAUGAUGGACGAUAUAUUUUAUAUACCCAAAUGUCUUCCGGUUCAUAUCUGCAGAUUAAUGUCGACAAAGCCGUGAAUGCGACAAAAUACGCGACACUGACGUUUGCGAUGAUUUGGGAGGACGUCUAUGACAAUUUGAGAAUGUCCGUUGCCGUUGGGACAUCCAAUUAUGUCGCUGAUGUCAAAUAUGAGCCGAUCGUGUUGGAACCAGCGAAGUGGAAUCGGAUCACUGUCAAUUUAACUGCUCUUGCUUUGCAAAACAUUGACACUAUCAAAAUCACUAAGGACGACAAUAAAGACACUAAUGUCAUGUUCAACGACUUUGUAUUCACUAAUGAAGAGGUCGAAGCCGGCGUGUUCGAAUAUCCAAAAAUCGGAGAUGAAAGUGAUUAUAAAGAUCCAUCUGAUGGGUGCGUGUCUUCAACUUUUGGAUUGGCAGCUGUGGUUUUGGCUUGUCUUUUGUUGCUUUAA